AUGUGCUGUCGCCGACGCUGUGCUCCCCACGGCGAUUCCCACACUGCAACGAUCAGGACCUCGUGGAAUCCGUCAGACUCUUGGAGGCACCUUGAGAGUUGGAUGCCGCACUGGCAGAAACGACUCCAACAGCCUUUCGAUGCAGUCUUUUGCUUGCAAGAGGUGGACGAGCUCUGGGCCAGCAAGCUGCACGCCCACUUUCAGCGACGGGGUUGGCACUUUGCAUAUGCCAUGACACCCUUGACGUAUUUUCCCCCAAUUGGGGUGGCUUUGGCCUUCCCAGGAGAUCUGGAGCUGGAGGAAUUGCUGAUGGUUCGGCCUGCUGCACAGCUGAAACUGGCACCACCGCGCACCCCCAGCACCCGGUGGGAGCGGUUCAAGGCUGUUGACUUCAGCUCCUUCUUUCAAGAUCUUUCAAGAUUCCGUGAGGGUGCGGCCUGGACACUCGCAGCUCGGAAACAGAACAGGCUACUGGCAGCCAAGCUGAAGGUGAAGUCCUUGGGAUGUAGCUUCGUCGUUGCCACGUACCACAUGCCGUGCUUAUUCGACGAGCCUUUGCAAAGGCAAGCAAAGGCCAUCCAUGCAGCGCUCGUACGCGAUGCCCUGAUGCUGCACUUCCCGGAGGCAAUGGGAGAGCGUUUGGGCGCAGAGUGGCGGGAGAAGUCGCUGGUCUUAGCCGGAGACUUCAACACGAAGCCCGAGGACUCAGAACUGCAAGUUCUGACUGAGGGAAAGCUUUCGGAGUCGGAUGUGGCAUGGCCACCCGCAUUCAGCGACCAGGGACUCGACUUUGCAGAAUGGCCGAAGGCUGAAGCGGCCUUGCAGCUGCAAGCAGCGGGAUGGAAAGCAUGGGGGAAGUAUGGAGAUCGAGAGGCUGGAUCUCUGCAGCUGCGCAGCGCCUACGCACAGCGGGGUGGCGAGCCGGAGUACACCAACUACGCUUGGAUUGAGGAGAGUCCGGCGCCUUUUCGCGCGACUCUCGACUACAUCUUCACUGCUGCUGCCGUAGAGGUGGUGGACGUCCACCGUCCUCCACUGGUGCCGCAGGGGGAUCCUGUCUUUCCCACGGCUGAGCAGCCAUCAGACCACGUCUUGCUCGCGGCAGACUUGUCCUUGUGA